UUGAAAUGCAGAAUCAAAUUUGUAUAGCUGUAUUGCUAUUCUGCGUUGUGUGGCAGGUUCAUGGAGCUGUCAAUUGUACCUCAGCAGGCCGAUAUGCAGACCCAAAUGAUACCACCUGCAAAAACUACUCCCUGUGUAUAUUAACCACGGGCAACACAUUUAUAUCCUACGACUACACCUGCCCUACAACCUCCCUUUUCAGCCCUAUUUCCCGUACCUGCACAACAAAUUAUGUGUGUAACACAACCAAUACAACUACUACUUCAACAUGUACAAUCGAUGGGUUCGUAGCAAAUCCAUCAUCCAUUGACUGUACUUCAUACAUUCAAUGCGUCCAAAUAAACGGUACCUUCAUCGAAACGGUCCUGUCUUGCCCAAAUGGUACAUUUUACAAUCCCAACACUACACUUUGUGACGCCAGUUAUACUUGUAGUUCAGCUGUAACUUGUUCAUCAGUUGGUAGAAUAGCGGACACCACAGAUACAACCUGUCAAAGAUACUUUUUGUGUGUCCUUGCUGCGAAUGGCACAUUAUUACAAUAUUCCUAUACGUGCCCUUCUACAUCUGUUUUUAGUCCCGUUUCGAAUUUGUGUACAACUACAUAUACUUGCCCUUAAUUAUAUAUAACUAUAUACUAUAUUUAUAUACAUAUAGCAUAAUCGUUGAAGUCGACUUUUUUACCGAAUUGAAGCUACAGGUCACGGUGACCACGCACGCUGUAAAGCACGCGAAACGUCGGAAAAAUUUAUAUUCAUCCGGUUUCCUUCAAUCCGGUAAAAAAGUGUUUUCUUUCUAUGUGUAAAAGCUAUGUUAACAAAAGACAAUACUAUAUAGCAUACUAGUUUUUUCGCAUUUGUCAUAUGGUAGUAUCAAUUGGUUUUUGGCAUAUAGAUCU